AUGAUGCGCGGCCCGCGGCAAGACGACGAUUCUGUUAUAGAGAACCCGCUGAAAUUAGGACUCAUCCAAGCGAACCCGCUCGCGAUAGGAUUACUCCACGCGAGCAGAAACACGCGAAAACUCAAAAUCACCGCGGCGGCGGAAUGUGAUAGAGCAUUACUAGAAAGGAGCUGCGAGCCCGAGGAACUGAAGGGCGUCAAGUGGUACGAGAGCUACAACGCGAUUUUAAGGGACCCCGACGCGACCACCCGAGUGGACUCCGUUUUUAUCGGAGGCACCACAAGCACGAGGAGCCAGUGGGCCGUGGCCGCGGCCCAGCACCACAAGCAUGUUUUAAUUGGCUGUCCCGCGGCGGCGGACUACGAGUCGACGGUCGUCAUGCGCGACGCUUGCGUCGCGGAAGACGUCGCGCUGCAGGACGUCGUGCCCUUCUCGCACCACACGCGCACGGAGGAGAUCCUGUCGACGAUCGCGGAGUCCCGGUUCUUCGGCGAGGUGCGGCGGGUCGAGCGUGGCCUUCACGAUCUCCGCUAGUAGGGACUUUCUAGAGGGGGCGGGAAAGAAUCAACGGCCAAGGACGACCCGCUCGGGUGCUUGGGCGACCUCGGCUGGGCCUGCGCGCGCAUGGGGAAGCUCGCGUACGGCGUGCUGAACCCCGUGUCGGCGCAAGUGAUCCACAGCGAGGCGACGGCGGAGAACGUGCCGGUAGAUGUUACAGCGGUAGUCUACUUCGGCGAGAACUCCACGAAGCCCUGCCACAUGCACUGUAGCUACGUCCAUCCUUUGCAGCAGUCGUUCAAAGUCAUUGGCGACAAUAAAAUUCUCAGAUCACGGCGACUUGGCGUACCAGCGCCGGCCGGGACUGCUCCUAUACGAUCGAAAGCUUCCCGGCGGGCGACGAAGGGCGGUCCGCCUUGGUGGACCUGGGGCAGUGCGUCGUGA